ACGGCGUCCACGAUGCCGGUAGAGCAUCACGCGGAGGCUCGCGGCACGGUUCUCCGCCUGCCCUCCGCGUCGCGCGCCCAAACGCCGGUGCCCCAGAGCAGAGAACGGUCAACCGCGCGCGCGAACGCGCUCCGCCUCUGCGCGCGCCGGCGGCGACGACGAGCGGUGGGUGUGUCACGCGGCCAGCCCUACCUAUCGGUGUGCGCGCGGAGCCCGGAGCGUGAAGCUCGUGCCGCGUUCCUCCUGUGUGCGCAGAGAAUAAAGAUGGAAGGACGGUCCUUCGGAGCGGGCAGAGCCGGAGUCGCGUUCGACCCCAUCGCCUUUGUCAAACAGCCGCAGACCAUCUUUAGAAUACUGUCCUGGAUCUUCUCCAUAGUGGUGUUUGGCUCCAUAGUAAAUGAAGGCUAUGUUAACAGCGGGAGUGAGAGACUACACUGCAUUUUCAACAAGAACAACGAUGCCUGCAACUACGGGAUUACCAUUGGGGUCGUCGCGUUUUUAGCGUGCACCUUUUUCUUCGUCUUGGACAUUCACUUUCCACAGAUCAGCAGCGUGAAGGAUCGGAAAAAGGCCGUACUUCUGGAGAUUGGCUUCUCAGGUUUCUGGACAUUCCUCUGGUUUGUGGGGUUUUGCUUCCUGGCCAAUCAGUGGCAGCGUACCUCCCCUAAAGAGCUGCCUCUGAACCAGGGGGCAGAUGCUGCUAGGGCUGCCAUUGCCUUUUCCUUCUUCUCCAUCAUCACCUGGGCUGCACUGACCGUGAGAGCAGUGCAGAAGUACAUGCUGGGCACAGACAUGACGCUCUUUGCGACGGAUCACUUCGACGGAAACCCCACCAUACAGCCUUACCCGACCGGGAGCGGCAUGGAGACCACGGACACCUACCAGAGUCCUCCCUUCACCGAGAACCUGGAGUCCGGUUCGAAGGGGUACCAGGUGCCAACUUACUAGACGGGGGGGGCUGACCUGUCAGU